AGAGAGUACGUGCAGGGCUCAGAAGUGAACGGCGCCAUGCGAUUGACUUAUUAGACUGGGCAGGGAGUGAAUGUUUCAAAGUCUCUAGAUCUUUCGAAGUGCCACGGUCUAUAGCUAGUCUAUUAAUGUACCACAUCAGCAUAUAUUAAGGACAGAAGAGAGCGCAUGUGAUGAAUUCGUUGGGGCUUAGGGAGGGGGUUGGUUUCCUUGCGCUAUGGUGUGACAGACAGUGGCUUACUUCUAAAUGUAACUGUGACAGAAUGCGUGGAAAGUCUUGGAAUUAAAGGGAUCCUGAGAAUCCCGGCCAAAAUGGAAAAAUACGGCAAAUUGGACCAAGAGCAAGACAAGCAGUGCUGCGAACUUUGCGGGAAAAUGGAGAACCUGCUUAAAUGUGGACGCUGCCGAAAGUCGUUUUACUGCUGCAAAGACCAUCAGAAACAGGACUGGAAACAGCACAAGCUGAACUGCGUGGACGUUUCCGGGAUAAAUAACAACACAAAACCUAACGGUCAGACAAAUAAGCGGCCUUUGGACAAUUUAGUCACACGUAACAUGAAUGACCACGGCGUUUGCUUUCUUGACAACUUUCUGGGUGAGGAGACCGGCAUGGCUAUACUGGAAAACGUUGUAGCUCUCCAUCAAACCGGCAAAUUCACAGACGGACAGCUGGUCAGUCAGAGAAGCGAUUCCACCAAAGACAUUCGGGGAGAUCAGAUAGUAUGGAUCGAGGGGAACGAAGAUGGAUGUGAGAAGAUCCGUCUUCUUAUGAGUCGCAUGGACGACCUCCUCAGACUUUGUAAUGGUAGACUGGGAAACUACAGCAUAAAUGGCAGAACGAAAGCAAUGGUUGCAUGUUACCCAGGUGAAGGAAAAGGGUAUGUGCGUCAUGUGGAUAACCCCAAUGGCGAUGGGAGAUGUGUCACCUGUAUAUAUUAUCUAAACAAGGACUGGGAUGCCAAGGCACAAGGAGGUCUUCUACGAAUAUUUCCAGAAGGCAAGGCUAACUGUACAAUAGACAUUGAACCCAAGUUUGACCGGUUGCUGCUGUUCUGGUCUGAUAGACGGAACCCCCAUGAGGUGCAGCCUGCACAUGCCACCAGGUAUGCUAUUACUGUGUGGUAUUUUGAUGGAGAUGAGAGAGCACGAGCUAAAGAAAAAUAUUUAACAGGUGCUGGAGAGAAAGGUGUGAAGAUGGAUAUGAAUAAACCAUCUGAUGCCACAUAAUCCUACUGAAGAAUUCCACCCCCUCUGCAGUGUGCCCAGAUAGUGGAGGGAGGACAUUGAAGUGUUUGCCAACAACAUUGAAAUAUGUAUCAAAGACUAUGAGAACAAUGAAAGAAAAAGAGAUAGCAUUUGUUUCUGCAGUCAUAUAUCCACUUGCUGAGCUUGACUGCAGACCCAUUGUGCAACAAAGAUUAUUGUCUGUUUUAUUUUCUUUCAUUGAUGUAAUGUGAAGAAAAGAAGAUAUAUUGUUAACCCAGAAUUCUAUUUUGUCCUGCUCUUGCUGCUUUGGCUCAUUUUCCCUCAGUAAGGUACAAUGCUCAGGUUUAUGUUCAUGCUUUGUAAAAAACAAGUUGCAAUGAUUUUUUUUUUCGAAGCAUUAAAAGGUUUUGCUCGAAGCCCACAUGUGUGAACCGUACAAUACAUGUUCUGACAGCACUUUAACUCCGGAUGCCAGGAAUCCGGUGAAUCUGGAUCUUUCAAGAUGCCUGAGCUCUUCUCCCUCCCUUUGUAACGUGUACACGGUGAGGCAAAGAACUAUCCACCAACUUAAAUUGCUGUGAUCAAACAAAAAAAAAGUAAAAAUGAAUAUAACACUGAUACGGGUAAAAAUAGGAGAAUGCCACCGUUUCACUGUUUUAUUGUGUUCAAUGCAAGUGUCUAGCUUGUAAUGGGAAUGUUGCUACUGCAAAAUCAUCAGAAACACAGUGUUAAAGACUGAUUUCUGACUGCACAAAAUCAUUCAGAAUAGUGUAAACAAUGCAAAUAACCUACAUAUUACAUGCAUGCCUUAAUUCUUUUGGUAGGCCUAAGGUUUAAUUGAAUAUAUAUUUUUCAACAAAUUGCGAUUAAGACUUUAAUAUCACACAAUGUCAAAGUUACAACUUAAUCUGUCCUGAUAUGUUGAAUGGGUCCAUAACACUCAAAUAAUGGUGUAUGAUCAUUAAGAUGACAGUGGUUGGUGUCCUAAAUUAAAAUGAUAUCCAGAACAUCCGAAUUACACUUCAUUCCUCAUGCAUACUGAAUAAAGGUCCUGAAACCAAUCAAAAGAGGGUUGAAGUCAGUGGCUAUAUUUGUAAAUAUCAAGAUAAGAACUAUUGACGACUGUCAUGUCCAUGAUGCAUGAUCUGGAUAAUCCACUAUCCAGAAUGCUUCCUCCCUUCUCUCCCUCACAGUGGUGAUGAAAACAACAUGUCUUUCAAUUCACUGACUUGUUUGGCAAACUAUUCUUUCCCCAUUGCAUUGCCUUGCCAUAGCACCAAUCUAAUGUUUGUCUGAAUAAAAUAUGCUAUGUGAUGACAUGGUGGCUGGAUUAUUUAUGGUUCAUGACACCAACUAACCAGUCAAUAAAACAAAUAGCAGGCUGAAACACUCACCCAUGAAGAAAAUAUAUUUGAAAAGAAUUCUGAUUUUUGAGGAAUUAUUAUUUCUUUGCUCAGAAAUAAUCAUUCAUUAUACAAGUGUGUGUGUGUGUGUGUGUGUGUGUGUGUGUGU